AUGGGAGACGAUAAAUUCCAAUUCUCUAUAGAUCGUGGAGGCACAUUCACUGAUAUAUAUGCUAAAUGCCCUGGAGGCAAAAUUCGAGUUAUGAAAUUACUCUCAGUAGAUCCUAAUAAUUAUAACGAUGCGCCGACAGAAGGUAUCCGUAGAAUACUAGAAGAGGAAACUGGCGUUAAAAUGGAUGAUGCAAUCGAUACCUCUAAUAUAGAAUGGAUCAGAAUGGGAACAACAGUCGCUACUAAUGCGCUAUUGGAAAGAAAGGGUGCGAGAAUGGCAUUAUUAAUAAAUGAGGGUUUCAUGGAUCUUCUAUACAUCGGUAAUCAGUCCCGGCCAAAUAUUUUCGAUUUGGAAAUAGUGAUGCCGCAGGUUUUGUACCAAUAUGUAAUAGGAGUAAAAUGUAGAGUAAUUCCCGCUCUGCCCGGAAGUUGUCGUAUGGAGAAUCAGUCGUGGCGAAGGGUAAAAGGUUCUACCGGCGAGGAUUUAUUCGUUAUUCAAGAACUCGAUGAAGCACAAUUGAAGGAGGACUUGAAGACACUUCGUAAUCUAGGAAUAGACAGUCUCGCUGUCGUUCUGGCACAUAGUUAUACUUAUGGCGACCAUGAGAUCAGAAUUGGUGAACUAGCGCAAGAAGCAGGUUUUUCGCAAGUAUCUCUUUCGCACUUGGUGAUGCCGAUGACAAGAAUGGUUCCUAGAGGCUUUACAGCGUGUGCAGAUGCUUACUUGACGCCACAUAUUAAAAAUUACGUACAGGCCUUUUCUUCAGGAUUCAAAGAUAACUUGAAGGACGUGAACGUAUUGUUUAUGCAGAGCGAUGGCGGAUUAACACCUAUGAAUUUUUUUAAUGGAUCUCGUGCUAUACUUUCUGGACCUGCUGGUGGCGUCGUUGGAUAUGCGAUGACAACUUAUGGAAAGGAAACUGAUCUACCAGUGAUCGGAUUCGACAUGGGCGGCACAUCCACUGACGUAAGUCGAUACGGAGGAAGUUACGAGCACGUUUACGAAAGUACUACAGCAGGCAUUGCUAUACAAGCUCCGCAGUUGGAUGUCAAUACUGUAGCGGCGGGAGGUGGUUCGAUGCUUUUCUUCAGAUCAGGUCUGUUCCAAGUCGGACCUGAGAGUGCGGGGGCUCAUCCUGGGCCCGCAUGUUACAAAAAAGGCGGUCCUUUGACUGUGACAGAUGCCAAUCUUGCUCUGGGUCGCUUGCUACCAGAAUAUUUCCCGCAAAUUUUUGGUCCUGAGGAAAACGAGCCGCUUGAUGUAUCUCGUACGUUGAGUUUGUUCACAACACUUACUUAUCAGAUCAACGAAUUUCUAAAGAAGGAUGAAGCAAUGUCGGUUGAUGAGGUGGCAAUGGGAUUUAUCAGAGUCGCGAAUGAGACCAUGUGUCGACCAAUUCGUGCUCUGACUCAGGCAAAAGGUUACGAUACUUCGCGACAUGUUCUGGCGUGUUUUGGCGGUGCCGGAGGACAACAUGCGUGUGCGAUCGCUCGAUCGUUGGGCAUAAGCACGGUUUUUGUUCACAAAUAUGCCGGUAUCUUGUCUGCUUACGGAAUGGCAUUAGCAGAUGUUGUUGAAGAGGCACAAGAACCAAGCGCCGAAACUUACAAUGAUGAAAGCUUCACCCGUUUGGAUGACCGUCUGGACGCGAUGGAAACCAAAGUCAGAAGUAGACUUCGCGCACAAGGAUUUGCUGAUUCCCAUAUAGAAACAGAAUCAUUUCUACACUUACGUUACGAAGGUACUGAUUGCGCUUUAAUGUGCAUGCCUGCAAAUCAGAAUUCAGCGACCACCACUACUAGACAUGGAGAUUUUCUCGUUACUUUUCUAGAAAGAUAUAAGACGGAAUUUGGUUUCACGAUCCCAGAUCGCAAGAUUUUAGUCGAUGAUCUGAGAGUUAGAGGAAUUGGAAAAACUGAAAUUCCAAAAGACCCCAUAUUACCUCCUUCACAAACUUUGCCAAAAGUUGAAAAGACUACUAUGGUGUACUUCGAAGGUGGCUAUAAGGAAACAAGCGUCUAUCUGUUAAAUGCAUUGUUCCCUGGAAAUAUUUUACAUGGUCCCGUCAUUAUCAUGGAUAGUUUGAGCACACUUUUAGUGGAGCCAGAUUGUAUCGCGGAAAUUACUUGCCGUGGUGAUGUAAAAAUUACGAUUGGGCAGGGUCGGCGAACGAAAAUCACCACCGAUCUCGAUAGUAUUCAGCUCAGUAUCUUUUCGCAUCGUUUUAUGAGUAUUGCUGAACAAAUGGGUCGAGUACUUCAAAGGACUUCGAUCUCCACUAACAUUAAAGAGCGAUUGGAUUUUUCAUGUGCGAUUUUUGGCCCCGACGGUGGUCUUGUUUCAAACGCACCUCACAUCCCAGUGCAUUUGGGCGCCAUGCAAGAAACAGUGCAAUAUCAAAUGAAAGCAUUUAAUGGCAAGUUUACGCCGGGAGACGUCAUUCUCGCUAAUCAUCCAUUGGCAGGUGGUUCCCAUCUUCCAGAUUUGACAGUUAUAACGCCAGUGUUUUACAGAGAUGUACCCACACCGGUAUUCUUCGUGGCCAGCAGAGGCCAUCAUGCUGAUAUCGGUGGUAUUACACCGGGCUCUAUGCCACCGCAUUCAACGAGUUUAACUCAGGAAGGCGCCGUCUUUAAAAGUUUUCUACUGGUACAUAAGGGAAUAUUUCGAGAGAAGGAACUAACGGAUGCCUUGAUGGCUCCUGGCAAAGUACCGGGAAGUUCGGGAACUAGAAACCUUUCAAACAAUAUCAGUGAUCUCAAAGCUCAAAUUGCAGCAAAUCAAAAAGGUUUCCAAUUAGUAAACGAACUAAUUGAUGUAUACAGUCUUGAAGUAGUUCAAGCAUAUAUGGAUUAUAUUCAACGUAAUGCCGAAAUCGCUGUUCGAGAAAUGUUGAAGUCAAUAGGUACAAGGAUUAAAACGCGAAGAGGAAAGGAAACUGAUAUUAAUGCUAUUGAUUAUCUUGAUAAUGGCAGUCCUAUUAAGUUACAUGUAGAUCUCGAUAUAAACAAUGGUGAAGCAGUUUUUGAUUUUAGUGGAACAGGUUGUGAAGUAUGGGGUAACUGCAAUGCGCCACGCGCCAUAACAUUGUCUGCCAUAAUUUAUUGUUUGAGAUGUAUGGUCAAUCGUGACAUACCAUUAAAUCAGGGUUGUUUAAAGCCUGUAAAAAUAAUUAUUCCUGAGGGAUCGUUACUCGAUCCCUCGGAUGACGCUGCGGUGGUAGGCGGCAACGUCUUGACAUCUCAACGUAUUGUCGACGUAAUCCUGACAGCUUUUGAAAUUUGCGCGGCCUCACAAGGAUGUAUGAAUAACGUAACCCUCGGCACUGAGGAAUGGGGUUACUACGAGACAGUUGCUGGUGGUAGUGGAGCAGGACCGACAUGGCACGGCAGAAGUGCCGUUCAUACGCACAUGACCAACACGAGAAUCACAGAUCCAGAAAUACUCGAACUUCGCUAUCCAAUUAUACUUAAUCGCUUCUCCGUUCGAUCCGGAAGUGGUGGUAAUGGAGAGUAUACCGGUGGCGAUGGUGCUGUGCGUGAGAUGAUAUUUAGAGCUCCGAUGACCUUAUCUGUGUUAACCGAGAGAAGAGUGUAUCAUCCACCUGGAUAUAAUGGUGGUGAGGAUGGAGCAUGUGGCUUAAAUAUUUUGGUGCGGGCUGAUGGCAGACACAUCAAUUUAGGCCCAAAGGCUGCCGUUCCAGUUUAUGCGGGGGAUAAGUUCAUUAUGGAAACUCCAGGUGGUGGUGGUUACGGUUCCGCUUACGAAGACAAGCAAGCUGAAAGAUCUUCGGUUUAUACGAAAACUUACGAUUCUCAAAAACUUACAGCAAGAUCUAUAUCAAAAUAUGAAGAUUCAAAAUCUAACAGAAAUCGGCAUAAUUUUACAGAACGCGGAAGUGUUUUUGAGUAUCGUAUGGCCCAGGAAUCAGUUUAAAAUUUAUAAUUAUUGUCAUAAUUGCGAAUUGUAGUAAAAGAUGUAUUUCAGAAGAAACGAAUAUACGCAUUGCAGUAGUAAGUUCACACUGCAAUGCAUUAAUUUUUAUUAGCAAAUAAAAUAUUUUUGAUUAUUCUAAACAACGCAGUUAUUCGAAUUAAUCAUAAUUUUUUGAAAAAAUAUAUCUUGUUUUCUAUUAGUGUUUAUUGUUAAAGUUUCCUGUUACUUUUAAGAUGUAUUUACUGUUAUACUUCCUGUAAAAUUCUUAAUCACACUGGUGGGAUACAAAUGUACCCCACACAAUUUCGUGUGGCGGAAUUCUAGUUUAAAAUUAUAAUUAUUCCUUAAAUUACUUUUUUAAAAGACAAAGUUAAAUGACAAAGAGAGAGAAGAAUAAUUUUUAUAAUAAAACAAACUCAACUGUUUUAUUUUUUUCCAUUUUUCCACAAAUGUUCACAAAGUUAGGCAAAGUAGAGUUCAAAUCGUUUUGACACUUUAAACCAGUGUAGUUAAGGGUUAAUAUUUAUAAUAUAUUUUAUUAUAAUACAUUUUUAAGAAUAUUUUUAAAUAAACAUACCUCAUAAUAAAAAUAUUACAAA